AUGCUCGAAGCUCGAAGGCCCGUCGCGUGUGUCGACGUCUUCCCAGAUUCGACAACGUCGCUUCCGUCGCUUCAGCAAUUCUUGCGACACUCAGACUGGCCCGGAAGUCUGUAUCGACGUCGCAAUGUAACAAGACCGCCGGUAUGCAGAUGUGACGGCAAAGCGAUUUCGCAAGGCGUCAGCCAUACCGCUUUACGAUGGGUGGCUCUGACAUCGCCAGAUGCAUCAGCCAUUACUGAAGUCCGGGCUGUACUUCAUUUCGAGAUCACAAGUACCAAAGACGUCCUGUGA